AUGCAGGAUGCCCCAUCGUUUAGCUACCGGGAUUCUCCGAGGCCAUGGAACAUAUGCUCUAGUCAUGGGUAUGAGAAUUUAUACGAAGUUCUUCUUAAGGCGGUCUGCAAGCUGGGAAGACUGCUAACUUUAAUUGUGACAGAUACUUGCCUCAUUGCUUCGGUUUGCUUUAUAGGAUAUGCUACCAUUGCUUUGGAAGCCGAUAAAGUCGGUAGUGGUAUCCAUGUAGCAGAGGUUGCUAAAGAAGACCUGGCGAAAUAUGCAAAGCUCGCCAACGCGUCGCAGAUCAUGUACGGCCCCCUGAUAUUCGUCACCAAGCUGUCCAUCCUAUUGCUUUACAUCCGGGUUUUUGCUCCGACCAAGAAAAGCUGGAUGUACAUCUUUAUCCACGGGCUUCUCUGGUUCAACGCCGCAUUCUACCUGGCGGACACGCUCCUCGAGAUUUUUGCGUGCGUGCCUCGCGAGAAAAUCUGGAACCCUGAUGUACAUGGGUAUUGUGUCAAUGUGAAUGCGAUGAUCUUGGCGACCGCUAUCCUGAAUACCAUUUCAGACUUCUCGCUACUGAUACUACCCAUAUUCUCUGUCUGGCGUCUGCAUAUGCAAAAUACUCAGAAAUUGGGUAUAUCUGCCAUCUUCGCUGCUGGUCUCUUAUCCGCCGAGAUUAGUGCCGGUAUCAUUGCUAGCUCGUUGCCUGCAGUCCCAUCCUUCUUCCGCCAUGUCAAGGGAAAGGUCGCCACAGCCAUUGGUAGCGAGGCGAAAAGCACCAGCAGAUCAAACCGACACAGUCUGUCCCAAAGACAAAUGUGGAGUUCCAACAGGGGGUCGGGGUGGAAGAAUGGCCACGGAGAGAUCAUACCACCAAUGGAAUUCAAUGAGCUGGAUGAACUACAUGAAUGGCAAUGUCGUGGCUCGCGACUGGUAGAUAAUAGGAUGGGCGCCCGCGAAGGCCCAGGCAUUUAUUAUGGCAGAGAUGCGAAUUCCAUCGCGGACAGCCGUACAAGCCAGAAGGGUAUUUUGAAAACUGUAGAAAUAGACGUCGAAGAGACAGAGAUUCGUUGA